AUGGCGUCGGAGCCGCAGAGGACGGCGUCGACGCACAGGACGAAGCUCGUCCGUGGCACACACCAGUUUGACAUCGUCGGCUACAGCCAGCGGAAGCAUCUCGGCAGCGUCGCCGACAAAUAUUGCUUCACCAUCAUCAGGUCCGGCGCCUUCAGCGCCGGUGGCCACACCUGGGAGCUCGGCUGCUGGUUCGAUUAUAAGGGUGAACUCUCCUCAAUCUCCCUCGAGCUGGUCAGCCUCCGGAUCACCAAGGACGUCGUCGCCAAGGCCAGUCUCCGGAUCGAGGACCCGCUGGGUGAGUCGCCACCUGCCGUGUGGCGAAGCGGCGGCUCCAACGUCUUCUCCAUCUCCACGACGGCUACAUCGGGCAUGACCUGGAAGCUCUCGGUUCCCCGCGCGUUCCUUGCCCAUGAGAGCAGCUACGUGAGAGACGAUCGCCUCACCAUCCACUGCACCGUCUACGUCAUAAUCGAGGCGUGCACCCCCACCACCGAAGACAUGCCACCACUUUGCAUGACCGAGAUCCGGGCACACAAGCUCGUGCUAGCCAUGCAAUCGCCGGUCUUCGCCGCGCAGCUCCGCUGGCAGACGAAUGAUGGUGCUGCUGCCACGCGCGUCGUCAUCGAAGACAUGAGAGCCUCCACCUUUAGGGCCAUGCUCCGCUUCAUCUACACCGAUGAGCUGCCCAUCAAACCAACAAGCAAAGACCAGCCUGCUUGCAAACAGAUAUAUGCGGCGAGGCGCCGUGAAGCCAUGGCACGCGACCUGCUCGUGGCUGCGGAUCGGUAUGACGUAGAGAGGCCGAGGCUUAUGUGCGAGAACAUACUGUCCGAGAGCAUGGACACCACCAAUGUCAUGGCCACGUUGCUGGUCGUGCGCGGCCGCUACAGCUGCCGCCAGCUCGAGGAUUCUUGCAUCGAGUACAUAGCUUCCGCCCCUGCCAUGUGCGCUGCUGUGACCAAGACACAAGAAUUCCAGGAGCUCAUCAUCAAAGAAAGCUGCACCUAG